CCUUAGCAACCCGUGUGUUUGGUACAACGCCCACUGGACAAAAGGGCUCCUAACCUUUCCACGGUGAACAUCUUCGACUCGCCAGUGUCUGACGAUGAUGAUGAGCAACACUCAAUUGUUAUUGGAAGGCCUGUCAAAUGUCAAAGUGCAGAGACGUCGAGACAUUGAGGCUCGAAGAAGAGCGAGGUUGUUUGACGACAAGUUGAGGUGCAUCGGAGUUGAUAAGGAAUUUCUUGACAAGCAAGUGGCUGAGAAGAUUGCAAGGAAAAAGGCAGAAAAAGAAGAACAAGAUGCCUAUGAUGCUGCUAUGAUGGAAGAUAUAAAUCAAGCUUCCUUGCUCCAUACUCAACAACUAAAGGUCAAACAUGACACGGAGAAGGCCAUAGCGGACUUGUGUUGUCAGUACCAGCAGCCUCAGGAUGGGCAGGAGUUGGGCUCGGAAGCACAGAUGAUGAUGUUGCCUGGUCUGCUUGGGGAGGAUCCAGACAGCAGGCCACGAACGCAGAGGCAGAGGGAGCAGCUCCAAAGGUGGCUCAUCCAGCAGCAGGAAGAGAAGAGCGCAGAAAAACACAGACAGAAGAUGGAGAAACUGCAGGACGACCGAAGCAGAGUAGAAAUGGACAAUGAAGCUCUGCAGCUCCAGAACAGAGAGCUGGAGAGGAGAAAAGCAGUCGCGGCUGCAACUAAAGAGUGGAAUAUGAACACAAUGACAAAGGCAGAAGAAAGGCGUCGUCAAGAGCGUAAGCAGGAGGACAUCCAGCAGCACGGUCUGCACACGGGAAUGAUGGGAGCACCCGGCCUUCAUCUUAACAGCGACAGGAAGCCGCCUCCCGAGAGCGUGAUGCAGAUCUCUCAAAUCCACAAGCAUCAAAUUGAAGAGAAAUCGAGGGCAGAAUUAGCAAAGAAAAGAGAAGAGAUGCAACACGAUGGCAUCCGUCUGAAUUCGGCUCAUACGGCCGUGCUCCUGGAGAGGCAGCAGGCUCGAUAUCGAAAGCAGCUAAGACGACACGUGGACGGCACCAACAAACAGCUGGCUGCAUCACAGGAGCACAGGAAAGAGGACCUUGGGAGGGGACACAUUGAUGAGCGAUUCUUCUCCCAAUUCAACACCAGCAGCCGCUGAUGAUCUAAAGCGGAGUUAUUGUGUGUCUCAAAAUAAGACUUCAAAUGAGGAAAUAAAAUAUAAUGCCUUUUAAA